GCCGACGGAGCCGGUGGUCUUGGGGAAGGGGAGACACGCGAGCUCUCCCACCUUGCGCCAUGACCUCCCGCAGGUGGUUUCACCCGAACAUCAACGGCAUCGAAGCGGAGAAACUGCUUCUAACCAGAGGCAUUCAUGGAAGCUUUUUGGCUCGACCCAGUAAAAGCAAUCCAGGAGACUUCACUUUAUCAGUCAGAAGGAACGACGAAGUCACCCACAUCAAAAUCCAGAACACCGGAGACUACUACGACCUGUACGGAGGGGAGAAAUUUGCCACGUUGGCAGAACUCAUCCAGUAUUACACGGAGCAACAAGGACUUCUGCGUGAGAGGAACAGCAACGUCAUUGAGCUGAAAUUCCCUCUGAAUUGUCAGGAUCCCACCUCGGAGAGAUGGUACCAUGGCCACCUGACAGGCAAAGAGGCUGAAAAACUCCUAACCGAGAAGGGCAAACCGGGGAGUUUCUUGGUGCGCAGCAGUCAAAGCAAACCGGGUGACUUCGUCUUGUCGGUGCUGACGAAUGAGGACAAAGCCGACACCGGCGACCGGAAACCCCGGGUGACCCACAUCAUGAUCCGCUACCAGCUGGACGGGAAAUACGAUGUCGGGGGCGGCGAGCGUUUUGACACCCUCACGGACUUGGUGGAGCACUAUAAGAAAAACCCCAUGGUGGAGAAAUCCGGAGCCGUUGUACACCUGAAACAGCCCUUCAACGCCACGCGAAUCAUUGCAGCCAACAUCGAGAACCGAGUGAAAGAGCUGAACAAAAUGGCGGACCACAGCGAGAAGGCCAAGCAAGGAUUCUGGGAGGAGUUUGAGAUGUUGCAGCAACAGGAGUGUAAAUUCCUCUACCCCAGGAAAGAGGGGCAGCAUUUAGAAAACAAGGCAAAAAACCGCUACAAGAACAUUCUUCCCUUUGACACGACACGUGUGACUCUCCGAGAUGUGGACGGGAGCAUUCCGGGUUCGGAUUACAUCAACGCUAAUUAUAUCAAGAACGUCCCCGAAGACGGAAGGAGCUCUGAACACAGCAAAAUCUACAUUGCCACCCAAGGCUGCCUCCAAACCACGGUGAACGACUUCUGGGCCAUGGUGUACCAAGAGCGCACCCACGUCAUCGUCAUGACGACCAAGGAAGUGGAGCGAGGGAGGAAUAAAUGUUUCCGUUACUGGCCGGAUCGAGACUGCACCAAAGAGUACGGCUGCAUCAGCGUGAUGAAUGUCAGAGAACAUGAAGCACAGGGUUACCACGUCCGGGAACUAGAGAUUGCACGGACGGACCGGGAGGAGCGGCCCAGACACCUCACGCACUUUCAGUACUUCAGCUGGCCGGAUCACGGGGUCCCCAACGAGCCGGGAGGAGUCCUCAGCUUCCUGGAUCAAGUCAACAGAGCCCAACGGAGCGUUCCGGAUCCUGGACCUAUCGUAGUGCACUGCAGCGCUGGGAUAGGACGCACAGGCACCAUCAUCGUGAUUGACAUCCUGGUGGACACCAUUCACAGGCAAGGCUUGGACUGCGACAUCGAUAUUCCAAAAACCAUCCAGAUGGUGCGAAGGCAGCGAUCCGGGAUGGUGCAAACGGAGGCGCAGUACAAAUUUGUGUACAUGGCCGUCCAGCAGUACAUUGCGACGGAACAGAAGGAGCUAGAAGAGGAACAGAGAAAUCUGCGGAAGGAGAAAGAAUACUUGAAUAUCCGAUACCCGCCGAUGGAGAAACCCAGAGGGAAAUCUCGUCCCCCUUCGCCAAGGGUCCAGACGGGGGUUGACGACGAAUCUGCCUCGGUAUACGAGAACCUCAAUGUCAAAGCCACAAAGGUCUCAGGGAUAAGCAAGUCAGGACGGUAGCGGCUUCAGAACGCAAAUGUGGACGAGGGGCUAUAAAACCGGACUUACUGAGGGUGGCUUCCACACUGCUGUAAAAUCUGCCAUCUCCGCCCGUUGCCUUGUUUUACGACCAGGCUGUGCCCUUCUAUCUCCAAAGCAUCUUGGAUGUAGUGCAGAAACCCCCUCCAAAACCAAAAAGAAGCCACCUGACAUGUUGGCAGCCAGAGGGUGACGCCUCUCCUCCUUUGGAACAAACUUUGGCCUAACUUAUUCUGGAGGGGUACGCACCCCCCCCCCCCAGCUCUACCCUUGAUUUCAAGGAUUCACCGAUCUUACCUGCAAGUGCCUCCGGACGUCUAUUGUAGAGCCUACGAAUCUCGUUUUAACUUGUUUUAUACAUA